CAAAAGAAAGAAGAAAAACCAGUAAGUGAGGGAAAGCCAAAAGAAGGAAAACCAGUAAGUGAGGGAAAGCCAAAAGAAGAAGGAAAACCAGUAAGUGAGGGAAAGCCAAAAGAAGAAAAAUCAGAGAAUGAGGGAAAGCCAGUGAAUGAGGAAAAGCCAAAAGAAGAAAAGCCAGCCAUCGAACCAAGGGUUGCAGGAAAGCGCCCAGCUGGGGAUGAUGUACCCAGGAAGGCCAAAAGAAAAACCAACAAGGGGCUGGCUCAGUGCCUCAAGGAAUAUAAGGAGGCCAUACAUGAUAUGCAUUUGAGCAAUGAGGAGAUGAUAAGAGAAUUUGACGAGAUGGCCAGGGUAGAGGAUGAGGUGAAGAAAACCAGACAGAAAUUGGGGGGGUUUAUGUGGAUGCAAAAAAGUUUACAGGACCCCUUCCACCCAAGGGGCCCAAGGGAACUCAGGGGUGGGUGCAGGGCCCCGCAGAGGGGCUUUGAAGACAUUCCUUUUGUGUAGUGCCCCUGGCAGGCAUUUGCCCAGGCCCUGUGCUUUAACCUUAUGCUAAUACUUGCUUUAGCUAUCACUCUGUUAUCCAACUACAGCCUUUGAUGUUUGAGUAGCAGAUUUUUGUCCAUUGCAUGGAAAAAUGUUUAUGGCAUAUUGUAAAAUUAAAAAGAAAAAAGUUUGGUGAACCAUA